AUGCCGCCCCCCGCUGCUGCCCAGUGCCGCCCGCCCGCUGCUGCCCAGUGCCCCCCGCUGCCCUGCCCAGUGCCACCCGCCCGCUGCUUGCCAGCUGCCCAGGCCGCCGCCUGCUGCUACCCAGUGCCGCCCUGCUACCCGCCCGCUCGCUGCUGCCCAGUGCCCCCCGCUGCUGCCCAGUGCGCCGCCGCUGCCUGCCAGUGCCGCCCGCCCGCUGCUGCCCAGUGCCCCCCGCUGCUGCCAGUGCCCCCGCUGCUGCCCAUGGGUUUUGAGCGUUCUAGAAAAAAGGGUUCCAUAACAGGUAGAGACAUGAAACUUUGGGAUCUGAACCUAGUCAGGCCAAUGUUCAAGAGUAGCAAGGUUCAUUGGAAUCGGCCCAAGGCCAGUGUAGAUACACGUUUAUGCCAAACAGUGGGUUUUGAGCGUUCUAGAAAAAAGGGUUCCAUAACAGGUAGAGACAUGAAACUUUGGGAUCUGAACCUAGUCAGGCCAAUGUUCAAGAGUAGCAAGGUUCAUUGGAAUCGGCCCAAUGCUACUGCCCAGUACCCGCUACUACCCGCCCGCUACAAAGUACUGCCCAGUGCCGCCCGCUGCUGCCAGCCCAUUGCCGCCCGCCGCUGCCCAGUGCGCCCGCUGCUGCCCAGUGCUGCCAUUCUGCCCAUGCCGCCCGCCCCUGCUGCCCAGUGCCCGCCCCUGCCAGUGCCGCCCACUGCUGCCAGUGCCCCAGCCCAUCGCUGUGCCCAGUGCCGCCCACUGCUGCCCAGUGCCGCCGCCACUGCUGCCCCGCCCACUGCUGCCCAAUGCCGCCCGCCAGCUGCUGCCCAGUUCAGUUUAGAAAAUUUUUUACUCAUUCAUCACUAA